GCAAGAGCAAAUAAAUGUUCAUCCUAAGCAACCAUUUGCUACAAACCAUACAGAGAACAGAUUUGGAGACUAGGGGCAGAGUAUAAAAUAGAGAGCAAAUCAGAAGGAAAGAGGAGGGGAAUCUAAGUGUCUAGGGUUGAGGACAGACUGAGUGAAGAGAAGGCAUUAAAAGUAGAGCAUCAGAAAGCAAAAAUACUGCAUAUGCAAUUAAAUGCAGAGAGGUCAGUUGCUGAAUGUCUACCAAAAGAAAAGAAAUUCUUUCAAGAUAGCAAAAUACCUCCACAUACAGAAACUUCUACCUCUGGAGGAUCUCAUUUGGACAGUGAGCUGCAAUCUUCCUGCCAAUCUGCUGAAGAUUCAAAAUGGUUGACAUUAAGUGCACAAGAGCAGUUAACCUGGGUCAAAAAUAUUCAAGACCCUCGGAUUGCCAGAGGUCUCCGAUCCCCUCUGGAGAAAAAGAUAUUGAAUUUAGGUGGCACACAUAGUAGAGCUGCACAAAGAUUGUUAGCUAAAAAAUGUCAAGAGGAGAAUAAAGCCAUCUGUAAACUCAAGUCUGAAUCCCUGGACUACUGGCUCAGCCAAGCUAUGAUUUAUUAUUCCAAGAGACAUGAUGAAAUUAUGGAGGAAUACCAGAGGUCUAUUUCUGAACAGGUGCCUGGCCUAUACAAAGAGCCAGAAGUAAUUAAAGAAGAAAAAAUAUGGGCACCAAAAAAAUGGGACUAUUUAGUAAAUGAGAGAGAACUAAAGCAGAUAGAGAAGCAUAUUUACAGAGCAAAACAUGCUAGAAACCUUAGAAACAAAACAUAUAUACUAUACCCUCAUGAUAGCCCAAGGAAAACAUUUCCUCCCAGAAUUUGGACAGCAGAAAGUAAAGAGGAUAAUGACAUCCAGAAAACGAGAGAACAGAUGAGAGAAUCAGUGGCAAAGCAAAUCAAAGACCAUCAAAAGCGCAUGAUAUAUGGGAGAAAAGUUAUGCAAAGUCACAAGGAAAGACGUUUUUAUAGCAUCCCUAUCGACAUUCCUCCAGUUCCAAAACUUGAGGUGAAGAAAGAGCAAAUAAAAUUUUAUGAAUGGGUUACUGCUUAUCCACUUCUCCAACCUCGCCAUGGAAAGCAGCUGGAAAUAUAUAUCCUUAUUGAAAAGUCAAAGUUGAAAGGGGAGGAACAGGAGGAAGAAAGUAGAACAAAACUGCCAACUGGUUCAGUAUUCUUGAAAAUUCCACCAUUUUUGAAGAGUCAAAUAGACAAAAUGAAAGCUUAUUAA